AUGACAUCAAGCGAGGAUAUUCUUCGAAGAAAUAUUACGGAGCUAAAAGAGAAAAUUGCGGAUAUCGAUGAACAAAUAGCUCAACUACGAAAUCGUCAGAAAAUAUAUGAAGCAAAAUUAAAGCUUAUGGAGAAUCAUCUGAAUGGAUAUCAUAUAAAAGGAGAUACCGGUUAUGCAAAGAACAUCGAUGAAUCGUUCAGUACCACUGAAUUAUUAGAAUUAAGCUUAUCAUCAAUUAGUUCCUCAGUACUUGGCAGUAGUACCUCAUAUGAUGAUGAUGAUGACGAUAGUGAUCAAAAUAAUUUGGAAGUUAACUUAGAAAAUGGUCAAAAUGGGCGCUUUCGUUAUAAGCAAAAAAUUGGAGAAAAUAAUGGAUAA